AUGCCGUUUGUCACUAGUUCAGGAAAUGUUGUUGAACAGCAACCAUGGGGUUUACGGUAUUUCAAGCAACUACUUUUCAACCUUUUUCAUAUCAUCUGCCUAUUUAUUCAGACGAUGUUACCAUUAGAUUAUCUAACCAAAGAAGUUCAUGGGAUGGGAGACCACCUCGACCACCUGGACGACGAUUCGGAGGAUUUGGAGGCUGUAGAGAUGCACCUGGUGCUCCCCCGAUGGCUGGUGGUGGAUGAGGUUAAUUCGUCUUUGGAGUAAAUAGUAGUCGGUAACUUACUGACAGACUCCAAAGACGACAAGAUCCAUCCAUCCAUCAGUAACAAAUUUCAAAAUCCAUUUAUAUGACGGUUGCCUGGAAAAUCUUGGUAUUUAAGAUCUAGUCAACCUGAUGAUGAGAAAUGGAUGAUACCCCAUACCUGUUGCGCCUGCCUUCAAGUAAUGUUUAUUUUGGGUAUGCGUGUACAUUCUCUAACAACAGCUGUUUUACUGAUUUCUAACUUUUCAUUAUUUUGCAAUCAAAAUAUAUACCUUUAAAAAAAACAAUAAUAAUAAUAGUUGUGUAUAUGCCCACAUUUCUUAUGUGAUAGGAGUAUUUAUAAUUGAUUACAGGAAAUAAAUAAAUAAAUACCUGUGAGUGGUUUAACCGUUUUCCACGGUGAAUGACUUAUUCAUUACUGUUAUUAUGUUCUAUUUUUCCGAUGAAGUAUAUUCUGCGUUUUUGUAAAAGGAAAAUCGAUUGCAUAUGUAAUAUUGUUAUUUUUAGUAAGCGAAAUACAAUGUUUGUCAUAUCACGCAUGUGUAGCGCAUCUUUUUCAACGCGAUGUGCUGUUCAUCUAGUUUUCUUUUCAAUGUCGAUGAUAUUACACGUCGU